AUGAUAUCCCAGUCUAGAGGAAAUAGACCCGGCAGGGCCUACAAUACUAAGAAGAGGGUUUUCCACGAGGUCUUCAAACUGUCUGAGGAUGAGCGCCCCCUAGCAGUGUGUGAGAAUGGCUGGCGAUGCUGCUUGAUCAACAGGGACAGGAAGAGUCCCACUGACUACAUCCGUAAUGGUGUGCUCUUUGUCACUGAAAAUUACCUUUGCUUUGAAAGCUCAAGCUGCAGGUCAAAUUCCUCUAAAAAGAAUAAAGUCAUCAAACUGAUUGACAUCACUGAUAUUCAGAAGUACAAAGUCUUGUCUCUAUUACCUGGGUCUGGAAUGGGAAUCUCCAUUGCAACACCGUCCACCCAGAAGCCGUUGGUGUUUGGUGCCAUGAUCCACAGGGACGAGGCCUUUGACGCCAUCUUCAAACAGUACAUGAAGAAAGUGACCAUGACCACAGCCACCAACCCUGAGACCUAACACACCAAAAUGGCUGCCUUCAUCAGGAACAUCCUAUACAGACACAGAGAACUUGCUAUGUAGUACACAGAGAGCAACCACUGCUACUGGCCAAUUUGUGUAUAUGCAAGUAUGAUAAGCUAGUGUCCAUGACAAGGUGGUGGAUUCCUCCACCAAGCCAGGGACCCUUGGCACAUACAGUGGGGAGAACAAGUAUUUGAUACACUGCCGAUUUUGCAGGUUUUCCUACUUACAAAGCAU